AUGGCCGACAACUCCCCUGGCGGGAUCGCCGGCCUCGUCCUCCGCUUCGCCCUUCGCCUCCUCCAAUUCGUCCUCGCCCUCACCGUAUGCGGCCUCUACGGCCAAGACCUCCGCAACGCCGCUGCCGCCGGUGUCUACUCCGACAGCAAAUGGAUCUACGCCGUCGUCGUCGGCUCCAUCUCCGCCGUGACGUGCGUGGUGUACGCCCUCCCCAUCGUCACCUCCCACCUCUUCUUCGCGUGGGACGCCCUCCUGUGGAUCCUCUGGGUCGCGGUCUUCGGCGUCUUCGGGAAGCUGUACAUCCACGAAGAUCCCGAGGUGGUGAAUCCGAAGGACGGGCAUGGCCCGGGUGUGCAGCGGAUGAAGAACGCGGUGUGGGUGGAUUUGGUGAAUAUGUUGCUGUGGUUCAUCACGGCGGUGAUUGGCGUCGUGAUCUUCUUCCUCGGGAGGAGGGCGAAGACGCUUCAUACCGGACGGUCGAAAGUUUAA